CCUAUACCUUCUCCGCCAUCGGUAUCGCGGUCGCAAUCGGCGUCUCCGUCCUCGGCGCCGCCUGGGGGAUCUACAUCACCGGUAGUAGCUUGAUCGGCGCUGCAAUCAAGGCUCCUCGAAUCACUUCCAAAAAUCUCAUUAGAGGUCAGAUGCAAAAGCUGAAAGAUUAAUACUGAUAUUUUAAUUUCAAAUAAAGGAGAAUGCUUUGAAGUUUAUUUUUUCUUGACAAGGAAACUCUCCCGAUGAGUGCAGGGUGACCUUUUCCAUGCUGUUGUGACAUUCAAUUUUUCCCCCUCUGGCAGGUUGUGUGUAGGAAUAAUUGGAAGCAGCUGUGCAUUAUCUGAUGCUCAGAAUUCCUCCCUCUUCGUGAAAAUUCUUGUGAUUGAGAUCUUUGGUAGCGCGCUUGGGCUAUUUGGAGUGAUUGUUGGAAUUAUUAUGUCAGCACAAGCAACAUGGCCAACCAAAGUUUAGUUUCCACUUUAUCAGAAUGUGGUGUGGGAAUGCAAUUAUGGUAGAGCGCAAUAUAUCUUCUGUACUGCUCGGGAUUAAAUUUUUCUGUUUCCUGUUGGUAGGAAUGUAAAAUCCAGCGUAAUAGUUUACCUUCAUUACAAAUGUAGGCUGUAUUAUUUACAAAUGAGUUGUUAGCAGGUCUUGUGUAUCGUCAGAUAUGUCAGUCUGUUGGUUGAAUUUCAAUGUUUUUGGAGGACCAAAUCUUUUAUAAUCAAUAAGAAAAUUGAAUUUAUUUGGGCUUGUGAAUAAAGUCAACUAGCAGUUUUUUUGAAAUGCGGGAGGGUGUUACUCCCUCCACCACCACAGAGUGCUCCCGACAUCUCCCUAUUCCUCUUUUACCAUUCAAUAAUAUUUAAAUGGAUGUGAACAUGCGUUGAAUUCUUAAACGGAUGUCAACAUCCGUGAAUGGAUAUCGACAUCCGUUGAAGAUACUGAAUUUUAUCCGAAAAACAAAAAUGGAGACCUAUUUGCGAUACAGAGAAGAUUUCAAAGCUCUGCCAAUUCAUGCCAAGGAAAAACUUCGAAUCAAUUCCAACACUUACGUCCAGAUGAACGGAGAACUUGACACGAAAGUUGGACAACUAACUUCUUCCUCCAGUAUCCUUAUUAAACAUUUAUAUUCAAAUUUAUCGUCCAUUCUUGGUGUCAGAUUGCGACAUUGUGAAAAAUUUUGCUAUAUUGUCAACGCAAAGACAAUGAUUCUUGUUCCUGUCAGCAUUCUCAAGGGAUCAUCUGAGGUUGACAGAGAGUUCAAAGAGCUACCGAAUGUUCUCAAUUUUGAAAUCAAAGGAGCAUGUGACGUUGACAGGGAGUUUAAAGAGAAAAAGUCCAGAGUUGCUGUGGAGUUAUUGUUGAACCUCUUCAAUUUCAUUAUGGAUAUCUUGAUUAUAAAUCGCUUCAAAUUCUUUAUCCUAACUUGGUGGUGUCAAGAAUGCUUUGGUGACAGCAGGGUUUUAUGUUGUGAUAACAGGGUUUUAAACACAACUCUUUCUGAUACCAAAGAGGAAGAGAGAUAAUAGGGGAGGGGUGUAGAAAGAUUUAGAGUUUUAAAAAAGGUAAAUAAAAUUAAAUGAUAAAAGUUAAUUUAACCUAAGGUAUUUUUAGAAUAAAAAAAAUAAUAAGAAAGUGUUGGGAGUACUUGGGGUGGUAGAGGGAACAACUCUCAACGAGGGAUCGCUAUUUGGGUUAAAGUAAGGCUGUUUCUUUCUCGACCUUAUCAUGUUUCUUCUUUCACCCCAUCAUAUGUGAAUUUCCAGAUUUUUUUUUUCCGAAAAUAUCUUUCCGGAAAAACUAACCACCUCUAUUCUCUGGAUCGAAAUUUCCGGAAGUCUAUAUUUUUCUCAUGUGGGCUGCAGGAAGAAAGUGCCUUGAGGUUGGACCGUCAGGAGUUGGUGCCAUAAUUAAUUUGAUAUAAUAGCAAUUAGAAAAGGUUUGCAUUAAUUAAUAAUUGAUGUCCUAGUGAAGUAAACCUUCUUUCUAGUAAUUCUUUUUACCCUAUGGAAGAACAGCAUUUUCUUAUCAAACAGUAAUUUUUUAGAAAAAAUCAUGUCUCACCAUGAAAUUGUGAUUCCAGUGUCGAUUGUCUGAAUAAUAUUCUUAAAUGAUAAUUAACGUCACUUUUACUUAUUUUUGAAAGCACUCAGGUGAGUCUUUGUCAGGGUGUAACUCGAUUUCCAACACUUUAAACAAUUAACCCAAUUGUCAAGAUGUUAUUUUUUUUCACCCUCAUUUUCAAUGUAGUAAUAGAACACAAUGCUACAAACAAUCAGGGUAUUAAACCAAGGGCAAGUUCUUCCUCCACCUCCAUAUUUUCUUCUGCAUUUCAUAAAUAUAAAGAUUCCCACUUUACUUUUUAUAAUUUGAAAAUAAAAACGUUUCCCAGAUUACAUAAUUUAGAAAAACUUUCAAAAUACGUAAUUUAAAAUUUGAAUCAUACAAUCCGAAAGAGUAAAAAUAACUUCAUAAAGUCAUUUCUCUUUUUUCUAACAUAACCUAAGGAUAUAUUUAUUGGAUUAUGAAA